AUGCAGGUCUACCUAACCAGCUGGCAGGCAAUGUGCCGGGCAUCGGCGGCCAUAGCGAAAGGAUUGGCAAAGCUGGCGAAGGGCAGUGACGGCGCAGUCGGCGCCCGCGGCGACAACGACGGAGUCAAAGACAAGCAAGGGGUGUCGCCGCUAGUGGACAUGGCACGACUGUACGAUUCAGCGCACCGUGCCAUCGACCGCGGUGUCAGGGAACCGACCCAGAGGGUCGUGGAAGACACAACGCUGCGCGAAACGGGAGCACUCUUGAGCAGGUUCCCUCCCAUCUUCGCAAAGGUUACCCGCCGAAAACAAGUACUGGCGGAUGUCGAGGCCGCCAAGUCGAGGGUGCGCGCGGCCGAGGCGGCGAGGGAGAAGGAGAGAGACAGCUUCGCCGUUGUCGCCGGCAAGGAGCACAGGCGGCGGAUGUCGGACGCCCUGGCUACGGCCGUCGCCGUGGCGGAGGGGGUCACGGCGGAGGUGGUGGCGGACGCCGAACGGCUUGAGCGAGAGCGGGAGGCGAUGCUGGUGCCGCAGGUUUCGGCCCUCGUGGGCGGUCAGGCGUUCUUCAUGCGACGAUCGGCGGUAGUCCUCGAGAAGCUAGCAUCACAGCUCCCUCACUCCGCCCUGGCUCUCUGCCAGCUCUUGGGGCCUCGCCCCAUGGAGAACCGCUCCGCCCCUCCGCCCCUACCCAGGAGGAGGAGCAGCAUUCAGCAGACGCUCUCGCCCUCCGUCGCCCCUGUCGACGUUUCCGGGCACUCGGCCGGCUCGUCUUCAACGGUUGUCCGGGGUUUCGACGGCGGCGGCAGCGGGGGCGGGGGCUCCAGCUCCUCGACGAUGGGCCUCGUUUCACCGCACCAGCAGGCCGCGACAACAACCACGCCGGCUCUUUCCCCCCCCGGCCUGCAGCCUCACGGCGCAAAGUUCGAGCCAGUCGGACUUUCGCCCACCGGGUCCUCGGCCUCGUCUCCGCCGCCCCCUCCGGCUGCGGUUGGCACUCCGGACCGUUCCCAAUCCUGUUCCCGACCUAGCGCUAUGGCUCGCGGUGAUCCCACGAGUACGAGCAAGAGUGCUGAAGCGAUGAACCCCGCAGCAGCUGCUGCUGCUGCUGCCGCCGCUGCGCCGGCCGCCCCCCUGUUGCCGCCACGGCCGGAGAUAAGCGGUGGGAGGGCUGGGGGUGACGGGAAAAGAUGACGGGAAAAGAUGACGGGAAAAAAUGACGGCGGUGGUGCUGACGGUGAAGGCGUCCUUGGGUGAUUCAGUUCCCCGGCUGGGAACAGGGGCAGAUAGAUGUGUCCGGGCGGUGAAGCGGGGGGGCUCGUCGUUGCUCUUGCACGGCGAUGUUUCCGUUUUGUUGCAGCAGGAGUAAAGUUAUUGUGAUGUAGCGAUACAUAGUUUGUUUUUUUCUAGACUAGCCGCUCUAACGCAAGUCCUUUUUUUUUUCUAGAUCAGCCGCUCUAAAAUUUAUGCGUGGUUUGCUUUGAUUCGCGUUUUUUUUUUUUUUGUUGUUCAUUUUUUCUGGCAGUCCGUGCCUUGUGCUUGCGCUGGUGCUGUACG